AUCUUCUCCUCUUCUGCUACACGACCCCAAGUACUUUUCUAGGGUUUUGCUGUUUUGCCCUAAUCCUCUCUCUUUGUUAGCUCUCUUUCUCUCCGUGACCAUGAGCAGAUCAGGGCAGCCACCGGAUCUCAAAAAAUACAUGGACAAGAAGCUUCAAAUCAAGCUGAAUGCCAAUCGGAUGGUUGUUGGAACACUCAGAGGAUUUGAUCAGUUCAUGAAUCUUGUGGUUGACAACACUGUGGAAGUGAAUGGCAAUGAGAAGACUGAUAUAGGCAUGGUGGUUAUCAGGGGAAAUAGUGUGGUCACUGUUGAAGCUCUUGAACCGGUUAGAACGCAGUGAGGUGCGGCUUUUUAGUUGGUAGUAUAUGAUGUAUUCUCUGCUGGUAUGUAGUUUGGUUGUAUAACUGCUAGAAUGGAAAGGAAGGUGUUUUGUAAUUUUGAAUUUGAUGGUGGUUAAGCAAGUUCCUUUCGUUAAUAGAUCUGGAGCCAAAGUUCAUGGUAUCGAUUGUAACUUCGAAUCGUAUGGAAUAGCAGUUAAUUGACUUGGAUUAUAUUCAUCCUCGUGUUU